AUGUCAACUCUUGAACCUGGUGAAAAGAUUAAGCCAAAUAUUGAUAUCGAUUCAGCUGAAAAAUUGGUUGAUAAAUUGUUUAACUUUAAAGUGAUUAAGAUAAUCGAGAUUGAUUCUUACGAUGAUCGUAAUUACCUGAUUGAGAUUGAGUCUGAUUUUCAUGAUCAUGGAAAAAAAUUCGUCUUGAAAAUAACCAAUUCUCUGGAUUCAUCAUUCCCUCGAUUAAUUGAGGCCGUUAAUGAGAUCACAAAUUAUGUUAAAUCCUCGACGAGCCUCAAGGUUCCCUAUCCAAUACCCGAUUGUAAUGGACAAUUAGUAUCACGAAUUAGUUUAAAUUCAUCAUUGCCCGAGGAACAAUUUGCAAUUAGAUUGUUGAAUUUUGUUCCGGGAACAAUUAUGAAUCAAGUUGAUUACACUGAGAAUAUUUUAUUCCAAGUUGGUGAAACUCUGGCAACUUUGACAAAGGAAUUAAAGAAUUUCACCAAUUCGGUUCUCGAGAAACGGAAAACAAUUUGGUCCCUUUCGAGUGUCGACAAAUUGGACAAAUUUUUGUUCGCUGUCGAUAAUGAUGAUCAUCGAUCGUUGAUUUCAGGUGUAAUUAAGAAAUUUAAACAACAGGUAAUUGACAAAAUCGACGAGUUUCCAGUUUCCAUUAUUCAUGGUGAUGUAAAUGAACAGAAUAUUGUCUUGGACAAGGUGGACACUAAUCGAUGGUCAGUUAUUGGUCUAAUUGAUUUCGCCGAUUCUCAUCAAGCUCCAACUAUUUUUGAUCUGGCGAUUCUUUGUUGUUAUGUUACACUUGAUUCGAAAUUAAUUGAUCCAAUUAAAGCUCCAGGAUAUGUUAUCUCAGGUUAUCACAGAGUAAUUCAAAUUAGUGACCAGGAAUGGAAUAUAUUACCGAUAAGUAUCAUGGCUCGAUUGGCUCAAUCGUUGACCCUUGGUGCUUAUAGUUAUCGUGAGAAUCAAGGAAAUGAGUACAUCUUGUCUUCCGCUCGAAGGGCUGGUCAAUUCUGGAAAGAUUGA